CACAACAGUAAAAGAAGACACAAGUCUGAGAGAAAAUGCUCCAAAUCUCUGUCACGGAUCAGAAAAGGGAAAAGACAGAUUAACAUUUCAGGAGCAAGGAGAAAGUGCAAAAGAAUGAAUGCUUCUGUGGGUGGGAGUGAUUCCGAGGAAGAGUCAGCUGAUGAGGAAGCAGAGAAUGAGGAAGAGAGUCUGGCUGAAGAGUCUGAGGAUGAAAAUGAGCCAGCUCAGAAACAACAACCUAGUGUCCUGAAAAGGCAUGUAACAGCUAGAGAGUUGGUGACGCGCAUGCAACAGAGUAAACAGCUGGGAGACCACGAGGGCCUUCACACUGAAGAGCCCAACCAGAAAACUGAGGGAAAUGGCAAUGCCAUUAAAGAUGAAAUGCUUAAGAAAAAAAAGAGGAAGAAACGGAGGUGUGUUGGAAUAAAUCUGCUUAAUUGCAAGUAUGAAAGUGUUCAUCGUGCAGCUCGUCGGUAUGGACUGAAGGAAGUUGGGGAUGAUGAAGAAUGCAUAUUGUACUGGACUGACUCCUCUGUUUCUCAUGAGAGAGUCAUGGAGAUGAAAUGUUUUCAGAAAAUCAAUCACUUUCCUGGAAUGAGUGAGAUUUGCAGGAAGGAUCUACUGGCCCGGAAUUUGAAUAGGAUGCUGAAACUCUUCCCAAAGGAGUAUAACAUCUUCCCACGUACAUGGUGUUUACCUGCCGAUUUUGGGGAUUUUCAGGCCUACUGCAGGAUGAAGAAGACCAAGACAUAUAUCUGUAAACCAGACUGUGGUUGUCAGGGUCGGGGGAUUUUCAUUACCAGAAACCUGAAGGAUAUUAAACAAGGAGACCGCCUGAUCUGCCAGCAGUAUAUCUCCAAGCCUUUCCUCAUAGAUGGUUUCAAAUUUGACCUCCGUAUCUACGUCUUGGUUACAUCCUGCGAUCCCUUUCGAAUUUAUAUUUACAACGAGGGUCUGGCAAGGUUUGCAACCAGCAAGUACAGUGAUCCCUCUAACAGUAACUUGGACGACAUCUGCAUGCACUUGACAAAUUAUGCCAUCAACAAGCACAGCAAGAACUUUGUCAGAGAUGGGGACGGGAGCAGCAAAAGAAAACUGUCUUCAUUUAACAAAUGGUUGGAGCAGCAUGGGCACAACACAACAAAGGUUUGGGCAGACAUUGAAGACGUCAUCAUUAAGACUCUAGUUUCCGCCUAUCCGAUCCUAAAGCACAAUUAUCGGACUUGUUUUUCCAAUCAUCUCUUUGGCAGUGCCUGCUUUGAGAUACUAGGAUUUGAUAUCCUAAUGGAUCGCAAUUUGAAACCAUGGCUCCUGGAGGUGAACCACUCCCCCAGUUUCACUACAGAUUCAAAGCUGGACCGAGAGGUGAAAGACCAUCUGCUGUAUGACACUAUUUGUCUGAUAAAUCUUGGAGCAAGUGACAAGCAAAAGGCAGCAGAGGAGGAGAGGCGCAGGGUACAGGAGCGCUUGUGGAACCGUCAGACAACUCGUGAAUUAAGACGCGAGCAGUACGAAAACCACCAGUUAGCCUGGCUGCAGCAGGUGGAAAACUAUGAAAAGGAACACCUGGGAGGAUUCCGUCGGAUUUACCCAAGGUCCGACUCUCAGAAAUACGAUAAUUUCUUUAAACAAAGCGGAUCGCUCUUUCAGGAGACAGUCGCUUCCAGGGCAAGGGAAGAAUGUGCUAGGCAGCAAUUGGAGGAAAUCCGAAUGAAAAACGAACCAAAGGAGCUGUCGGGGAAAGGGAAGAAGAAGGAAGUGAAGGACAGUGGCCUACAAGGGGAGUCAGGGGGCGAGCCCCCAACACUGGAUCUACUCUCCAGAAAACCCCGUGGUGACUCACUCUUCAAGAAGUUAAAGAAGGAGACCAAAGCAGCACAUAAUAGCAAAGGAAGGAGCAUCACUGCAGGAGUACUCAACAUCGCAGCUCUCACCCAAGCAGAGCACAAAGCCCUGGACUUUAGUGGUCUAGUCAAAAACAUGAACUUCGUGGGAGAUAAGACUGGCAGCUUAACUAAGCAGGGUAUCUGCAAAUGGACAUUCUUAGCACUUGGAACCUACAGAACAUACCUUGGAGGAGGACAGUCCUCUACAGGUUGCAGUGUUGCGUGUUCCAUCACUCCCAGGCACUAACUCAGACAUACUCUGCAUGGGUUAGAGAGCUACCCACAACAGUCAGUUCCUGGUGAAAGACCCAGCAGAAGUGAGCAGUAGGAGGUGCAGGUGGCAAGAACAGCACUGAAUCAGUCCUGCUCGCUGGGUGAAGUCCAUGCACAGCUCUUCUGGGUGGGACAGAAGCUCAGGGACCCAGCCAAGAAAAUGAAGCAGGUAUUGGGAGACUUGUGAAUGUUCUUUCAGCACAGUGACUGGAGGCAUGGAGAAGUCUGCUUCUCAUUUCAUUUCACAUGGCAUCAGCACUCUUCGUUGACCACCUUCAGGAACGGUACACCCAGGCCUUCAAGAGAGUUAGCAUUGCUACCCUCUGGAGCUUUGGUGGAAGCUGAAUAGCCAUCAUGCAGCCACCAGGCUCCAUCUUGGAGAGAGAGAAAGAUAUCCAUCUGGAAGGAUUGAUGGGCUGAAUAGAGAGGGGCUUUCAAGGAGUCACUGGCUCUCUGCAGUCUGCUCUUCUCCCGAUUGGUGGAAAUGAUGAGUUCCUCUACCCCAGGGAGUGCCUGUAAUGCGAUGGAUGCAGUACAUGUUGCCUUCUCUCAGAAUAUCAGCACAUGUGCUCCUUUGUUAUGCUUUCAACCAGCCAUGAUGCCAGAGAGUUUGCUGGGGCAGAGUGCUCAGGCACCUACCUGGGACCUGAGGGGCUGAACCACCCAGGAGUCACCAGCCACAAGCAUGUCAAGGCUGCCUAUGUGAACAGUAGCAACCAGCAGCAUUCUACCAGCUUCGCUCACCUCACAGGAGUUAUAGCAUUAGGAAACCUUCUUAUAAGAAAGGCACAUGGUUGACAGUUGGGUGAUUAAUGAAUGAAAGGCAACUAUUGUGUUGGGAAUUCAAUUCAACUCAUUUGGCUGUGUGGUUUUAUAACCACUUCUGCAUCUGCAUUAUCAUCAUGUCAUUGAUAUAAAAAUUGGCUGAAUGGUUUCAAUGUCAUUUCAUGGAAAAUUAAUGAAGUGGUGAAAGAAGUAAUGAGGUAAAUACAGAACACGUUGCCUAACUAUUCAGAGGAAGGGAUGAGCAGGUCACUGGAAGUGCUGACCCUUGCAUUCUAGCUGCAGGGCGUCAUGUUGGCUCUCCUUUUGCUUCGAGCUCACCUUCUCCCAAGUCACAACACACACCAGCCGUUGCGGCUCAGUGGGUAAUACUCUCACCUUCGAGUCAGAAGGUCGUGAGUUCAAGCCCUUAAUACAGAGACUUCAGCACAAAAUCCAGGCUGUCUCCCCAGUGUAUACUGAGCAAGUGCUACAAUGUCAGCAGUGCCGUCCUUCAAAUAAGACAUUAAACCAAUGUCUACUCUCUCAGCUGGACACAAUAGAUCUCCAGUACUGUUUUUGAAAAAGAGCAUGGGAGUUAUCCUUAGUGUCCUCAUCACUAAAAGCCAGAUUAUUGAAUCAAUAACAUGUUGCUGUUUGUGGGAGCUUACUGUGCACAAAUUGGCUGCUGCAUUUCCUACAUUCCAACAGUGACUACAUUUCAAAAAUACGUUAUUGACUGUAAAGCGCUUUGGGAUGUUCUGGGGCUGUGAGAGGUGCUGCGUAAAUGCAAGUUUGCCUUAGUCGUCAGGUGAUAUCUGUUAUAGUUACUUUGCCUCCUCCAAGUCCAAUUCCCUCUGACACCUGAACCUUCACUCAGUUUCCCUACAAUAUGCUCCAUUAAGACUCUGCUGGUCCCAUGCAUUUGAUUACACUGUGUCGUUUGGACAUUAAAGGUGUCAUUAAGCGUGCGUGUAGAGAAUUUGACUUGUUUCCCCACCAGCCAUCCUUUCACAUUGGUGGAGGGUUGCAUAUUGGGAAGGUGGUUGCUUGUCACAGCAAAAUUAUUCCUAUUCACUUUUCAGCAGCAGUCACUAGAGACCAAUCAGGAGCAGGAACCCUUGGUGUCUUUUUUUUCCCUUCCUUACCUCAUGGUGCUUGGGUCAAUUGUACCCACAAGUGCACUGAAACCAGCUGACUCCACAAGAGAUCGAAGAUUGAAUGGGUUGGAUGGCUAAUUAUGCACCAGGUCUUGCAUUUACUCCCAGGACAGGAAGAUCCAAGCUUUGUCUCUAUGGGCCCCAAUGUGCAUACAUGGAGCCUGAACCUCCUCGCACAAAGCUUAAAUCCAUGUUCCCAUUAAUUCACAAGUUGAUGGUACCAACAGAUCUUGUUAUUCUGAUCCGGGAGUUAUCCACCAAGGAGAUUCAAACAGAACAAAUUAGUGGAUAUUAAUAACUAAUAGGAUUGUGUUGACAAGAGGUCAUGGCUGACCUACAGCAUGUGACUAUAGUUUGGUGACUGCUGUACUAGGAGUUCUUUCCUAUAUCAGUGGAGCUUGCUUUCUGUUAGUUGAUCCUUCUCCCACCCCUAACCUGUGAUCAAAGGGGUGGAGAAUGCAAGUCUAAUCUUAUUUCUUUAAUUUGUAAAAAUAAGAAUCAAGCCAGUCAUAGGAUUGUUCAAGAGGGUAGGUAAAUUGAUGGCAACUCAUAAUGCCUUUGAUAAAUACUUAUGAUGUUUCAUAAGACCGGUCAAAAUGGAGGGUGCGAUGGGUUAGCUGCUUCUCUGUCCCACUGGGAUUUGGGUUUCAAACCCAGCCAGGAGGAGUAUCUCCCCUAUCUGUUGGCUGUAAGCAUGUGACAUCAAAGGGUUUUGAGCAUUCUCAAGAUGCCUAGACUGCCUAGAGUUUGGCACUAAAUUGGCAAUCUCACUCAAAGAGGAUGGCUGGUACUGGCAAAAUGAAAUAUCGGGGCAAUGGGUCAGAAUAGGCAGCGCCAACUUCUGCAUGUAACUGUGUUCCAUCUGACUUGGGAAUUCUUGUUAGUGCCAUUAUGUGCUCAAAAUAGGAGUCCUAUCAUCCAUUAACAUUCCUCACCUUGACAAGCACAAAAUUUGCUGGAAAAUUCUGAAAAAAGGAGCAGCCAGAAUAAAGUUGUACAGUGAAAGAUGUUAAAUGAUGCCUCUUUAAUUCUGUUGUAGGUCACAGAGCAGUUGUUGCCAAUGAGUGACUGUCCCAUUCACCUCUGUCGACUGACUUUUCAGGAUCUGUCUCCCGAAUCUGAUUAGUUCAAAUGCAUAAGCUCUAUGCCUAUAUCAAUAAAAAUGUUGUAAAAGAA